ACAAGCGCAGCAUCAUCCUUUGGUCACGCGCAUCCUCACCAAAGGAUCACUUGCCAUUUCAAAGCCUACGUGCUACAUACGAUCGAGACACACAAUUAUCAUCGCACAUAUUCCAUGAUUAAUCACUGAGUCAGAUCAAGCAGUUGCAGAAGGCACCUCAUCAAGCACCCUUUGGAACACUUCAGGGACAUCAUCAUGGACAUGCUGAAGAAAGGUUUAAACAAAGCCAAGGAUGGGGUUGUAUCGGCCGCCGUGAUGACUAAGAAGGGAGUGACAGGUGCAGCCGAAAUGACGGUAGAUGGAGUCGUCUUCGUUGGUACAAAAACAGUGGACGGAGUGAGCACAGUGGCUACCAAGACUGUGUCAGGAGUCUCUCAGGUUGGAGGAGCCGUGGUAACGGGAGCCUCCUCUGUGGCCCAGAAGACAGUGGAAGGUGCUGGAAACAUUGUGGCUGCCACAGGACUAGUCAAGAAGGACGCGCCAAAACCGGACGAGGAACCAAAGCCCGAGGCAGAGGCAGAGGAGAGCGCAGGGGAGGCGGAGCCGGAGGCUGCAGAGCCACCCAGCACUGCUGUUGAGGCCACGCAGUAACACCUGUGCCGCUUCAUGACUUUUCAAGAUCUAAAUGAGCAAAACGGUUCCAUAUUACUCUGCCAAGUUCCCAAUCACCUCAUUGUGGGCCUUUUGAAGGUGUCAUAUGUGUGACCGUGAAAGCAAAUGUAUAUGUGUGGAAGUUUUUACUGUUUGUGAUGUACUGUAAGGGUGUGUCUCAAUGUUUGUUCAUGUUCUCUGUUUAGGGCCUAUUAGUACGGUACAGAGUAUAUGUACGCUGAGCCAGGCCCUAUCCUUUGUGGCCUUCUCACCCUGAGACUGCUAGGUCAUCUGGUCAGAGGAGUGUAUUUGUUUUGUGAACUUUUGUUGCUCUGACGCAAAACCCACAGAAAUUAUACUGUAGGCCUAUUACAUUGAUCAGUAGAAAUGCAUUCAGAGAGUGCAGACCUCCGCCAAGGAAGCUAUUCCAUAGAAUAUUUGAAUAUUUUAUAUGUUACACCCUAUUUUUAUUUUAAGUCUUUCUGCCUGCUUUUUGUGGAUUUAGAAACUGGAAUGUCAAAAUGUGCCCUUUCCCGCAAUUCACUUUUGUGGUCACUAGGGGUAGGGGCUUUAGAUUCCUAGGCUAGCAAUGGAGAAGAAUCUUUUAGAAAAUCUUUGUUCCGGUUGGUGAACUGGAUCACCACCAAAAUUGAAUCACUUGUUUCUUCGGUCAUUUCCAACAACUCCACAAAGUUUCAUCCAAAUCCGUUCAUGAGUUUUGAGUUAUCCUGCUGACAAACACACAGACAGACAGACAGACAGACAGACAGACAUACCGAUACGACCAAAACAUAACCUCCUUGGCGGAGGUAAUGAUAAUUGUAUGGAUACAAAUUCUGAUGUAUAUGGUGUGCCAUUCCAUCCCUUCAAAGCUGCACUGUGCUGGGUUAAGUCGAAUAUACUGUAUAACACAAAAGGAACAAAUCACCAAAGUGUCUGUAUUAUUGAGAAUUAUGUAAUAUUUUCAAUAUAGUCUAUUUUUAUGUGUCACAUCUAACUGCUGAUUUGUUUUGAGGUACUUGUAUGUAAGUUAUUUUUUCUAUGUUCACACACUGUAGACUCUGAUAUGACGUGCAUGGAGCAAAUAAAAUAUCCGUAGAAUAAAAUGUUGGAUGUUUCA